CCGCGCCGGCCGUGAGUUGCGCGGGGAUGGGGCCGGGGCCGGGGCCCGGAUCCAGGGCGCACGGAGGGACAAAGUGUCCGGAUCAGGGGCGCACGGAGCGAGAAAGUGUCCGGAUCCGGGGGCAGGGAAGGGACGAAGUCCGGAUCCGGGGCGCACGGAGGGACAAAGUGUCCGGAUCCGGGGGGCAGGGAAGGGAGGGGGCCCGGAUCCGGGGCGCACGGAGGGAGGAAGUGUCCGGAUCUGGGGCGCAGGGGAGGGACGGGGUCUGGAUCCGGGGCGCACGGAGGGACAAAGUGUCCGGAUCAGGGGCGCACGGAGCGAGAAAGUGUCCGGAUCUGAGGGGCAGGGAAGGGACGGGGUCCGGAUCCGGGGCGCACGGAGGGAGAAAGUGUCCGGAUCCGGGGGGCAGGGAAGGGACGGGGUCUGGAUCCGGGGCGCACGGAGGGGGGCCGGGUGCAAGGGAGGAGGCUGCAGGGACGCAGAGAGAGGGCGCAGAACUGGGAGACACCCCCCCCCCGCAGCACACACACCGCUCUCCGGACACCGGCCCAGCCCUCUGCGCUGGCGCCGGCUGCUGUGCCGCAGGGAGCCCGGGCGCUGCGUGGAAUGAUGCGCCCUGGAGAAGCCUAUUUAUAGCGUGGACUUGGAGACAGUUUCCUGGCAAGCCUCUGGAAGGGAGCAGCACCUCAGAUUGCACCUUCCUGCAUGUGAAAGUGUGAGCCAGAGAGCCCCCAUCUCUGCCCUCCAGUCUGUUCACUGAAUGCAGCUGGGUAUUGUGACGGAGCAUCUACAGACCACAGAGUCAGGAAUGCAAAAGUUCUGCUUCCUGAAGCAAUGCUAACUCGGCCCACGUUGCACACAGCGAUCACAUCUCAGUCCCUGAGCACCUCCGAUCCCAGCCCCAACAGUGGCUUCCUUUCUGCGGUUCAUGUAU